AACAAAAAAAAUUAUUUUUAUAGUUCAAGCUUUCUUCUUUACUACAACACUUUUUUUAAAAGAAAAAAAAAAAACAUGGAAAAAUUACUUCAAUGGGCCGUCAACCACACAGACAACAAUGCCUUGUCUGAACAAGCUGCUGCUAUUCGUCGAGGCGAUGUUCAAGUCGAUCCCAAACGUUACGAUCCUAAAGUACUUGAAGCUAUUUUAGGUAAAGACGAUGCCACCCGUAUGAAAGAUGCUGUCGCAUGUAUUAGUGAUCCCGAAGACACCGUCGAGAACAAGGAAAUCGCGCUUGACAACUUGGAAAUGUUGAUUGAAGGUAUCGAUAACGCUCGUAACAUUCAAAACAUGAAGUUAUGGCCUGCCAUCAUUGCACAAUUAGAAUCAGAGGCUGCUCCUGUACGUAAAGGAUGUGCAUGGGUCUGUGGUACAGCUGUACAAAAUAACCCCGAGGCUCAAAAGGCCUUAAUGGACAAUGGUGGGUUAAAACCUCUUUUAAACCUUUUACAAGAUGACGAUAAGUCUGUCCGUAACAAGGCUCAAUACGCUAUUUCGGGUUUUCUCAAGCAUCAUAAAGAAGGCGUGGAAGCCUUCAAGGCCUUGGAUGGCUUUGACAUUUUACAUACCAUUCUCAAGUCUCCCUUGACAGACCCCGCCAUGUUGAGAAAGGUCGUUUUCUUAUACAACAGUUUAGUCAUUGAUGAUGAGGAUUUAGCCAAGGCGUUUGCUAAGGAUGGUACGUUAGAUGACUUGAUGUAUGUCUUGGAUAAGUUCACAAAGGAUGAAGAGGAUGAGGAUAUGGUCGAGAAGGCUUUGCGUACUAUUCAUACCAUCGUUACCAAGUCAAAUACACCCGUCACCGAUGUCUUAAAGCAAAGUGUUCAACAAGCCAAGGAGAAAUACGGUGCUGAGAAUUUGGCUUUAGCUGAUUCCGAAUGGAAAGACUUGUUAUAAUAAUAGAAAACAUCUUUGUAAAUAUAUCUAAUAAACACCUUUGAAUACAAAAU